CACAUCCAGGUACACAGGGCUGGGGAGGGGGCUGCGCCGGAAACCUGGGGCGCCCCCCGCCGCCGCCCUCUUGGCCGGAGCGGGCGGAAUCGCCGCGGAGGCCCGAGUCCCGGGGCCGGCCUGGCCUCUGGGCCGGUUCGGGGCGGGCUUUGUGACCCGCGGCGCGUAGCCGAGAACGCGCGGCCCUGCCAUUGUUCUCAGGGCUCUUCUUCCCCCGAGGCCGCCGGGCUUUGUCGCUUUCCUGUCCCCACCCCCUUGCCUGGCAGUGCCCAGGGCCCUCGGGCCGGCCGCGGGCGCAGAUAGCGUGGAGGACACGCAGUGUCCUGCAGGGGGAGGGAGGGACGCCAGCGAGACCACUUAACCGCCGGGCCGGGCCCUCAGGACCCCGCGCCCCCACUCGCCACCGUCAGGUUGCCCAGCCAACAGCGUCGUUGCCGGGAAGACCCUCCACCCCCGCCAGGAUCUGCCUGGAGGAAGCGGGCAGCAGGCAGCCGUGGCCAUGGCCUCCCCAUCCCCGCACCAGCUGGAGGAGGACGACAGCCUGCGAGGCUGCGAGCUCUACGUGCAGAAGCACGGCGUCCAGCAGGUGCUCAAGGACUGCAUCGUGCAGCUGUGCGUCUCCAAGCCCGCCCGCCCCAUGAAGUUCCUGCGGGAGCACUUCGAGAAGCUGGAGAAGGAAGAAAACAGACAGAUUCUGGCUCAGCAGAAAUCGGCCUCCCAGUCAGACCUGUACGACGAGGAGGUGUCCCCACCGCUGCCCAACCCGGUGGUGAAAGCCCGGCACCGGCGCGGGGGCGUGAGCGCCGAGGUGUACACGGAGGAGGACGCCGUGUCCUACGUGCGAAAGGUCAUCCCCAAAGACUACAAGACCAUGACGGCACUGGCCAGGGCCAUCUCCAAGAACGUUCUCUUUGCGCACCUGGACGACAACGAGAGAAGCGACAUAUUCGAUGCCAUGUUCCCCGUCACGCACAUCGCUGGGGAGACCGUCAUACAGCAAGGGGACGAAGGAGACAACUUCUACGUGGUCGACCAAGGGGAGGUGGAUGUGUAUGUGAAUGGGGAGUGGGUGACCAGCAUCAGUGAAGGCGGCAGCUUCGGGGAGCUCGCCCUCAUCUAUGGCACCCCCAGGGCAGCCACUGUGAAGGCCAAGACGGACCUCAAGCUCUGGGGCAUCGACCGGGACAGCUACCGGCGCAUCCUCAUGGGCAGCACGCUGAGGAAGCGCAGGGUGUACCAGGAGUUCCUCAGCAAGGUCUCCAUCCUGGAGUCCCUGGAGAAGUGGGAGCGUCUGACGGUGGCCGAUGCCCUGGAGCCCGUCCAGUUUGAGGAUGGAGAGAAGAUUGUGGUCCAGGGGGAGCCCGGGGACGACUUCUUCAUCAUCACGGAGGGCACAGCCUCCGUCCUCCAGCGCCGGUCCCCCAACGAGGAGUACGUGGAGGUGGGGCGUCUCGGGCCGUCUGACUACUUCGGGGAGAUCGCGCUGCUGCUGAACCGGCCCCGGGCGGCCACGGUGGUGGCGCGGGGGCCGCUCAAGUGUGUGAAGCUGGACCGGCCCCGCUUCGAGCGCGUGCUGGGCCCCUGCUCCGAGAUCCUCAAAAGAAACAUCCAGCGAUACAACAGCUUCAUCUCCCUCACCGUCUGAGGCCGCGUCCCGUGCGCUGCGCGGGCUGGGCCCCCGCCCUCCGGACUCACGCGGGGAAUAAAAGAGUCGCCUUGCAUCUCGAAGCCCCCCGGGAGGUGGCAGCGCCCCCUCCCCCGCCUCCCCUCUGGUUCUCCGUGGGCGCCUGGUCUGCGGUCAGGAUGUGGGCAGUGAGGUCUGGGGGCCCCCACAGGCACCUUGGACUUGGGGUGAGAAGCCAAGGCUGAGAAGAGAGGAGGUCUGGGCCCCGCCCGCAAAUCCCCCCUCCCCCGCCCCCAGCUGGGGUCCUCCUAAGAUGACUGGGCUGGGGACACUUUGGUGGCUUACGCCGGUCCUGGCCUCAGAGAGGGGGUGGCCGCAGGUUCCCACGGAGCUUGGGGGGUGUGGGCGUCUCCUCACUUUCCUGGAAAGCUGGGAGCUCUGACCCGCUUGCCGGAAGGGCAGGGCCUCAGGGCGCCCCGCGGGGCUUAGACGCCCAGGAAGCGGAGGAAGCAACGUGUGAGGCUGGGACUUUCCACGGUGCCCUGAAUGUCCUUGUGGCUGCUUCGGGGACUCCCCGGCCAGAGCCUGCCCUCCGCCCCGCAGAGAGCUCGGGAGGAAGCGGCAGGAUUUUCUGAAACGUCAUCAGGGCAAAGUUGUGCGAAGCAGGGUCCCCAGGGGGUCGUCCCCGUAGGCAGGGGUCUCGCCCUGGGGCGCUACUCCGUUGGCGGAGUCGCCACCCUCCUGAUGGAGGAGAAUGUCCGUCCCCCAGCCCUGGCGCCACACACCCGAGUCACCAGGCACUUGAGACCCCCCGAAAGGACCUUCAGUCCACCUCCAGCCUGAGCUGGACGGGCCCGGGGCCAGCGCCUCCUGGGACUUCCAGUGGCCGCAGUGCAGACCCUGUCGCACCCCAGCACGUCUGGAGGGGUUGCCGGCGUGCGGAGACCCCAGCCAGCCCUGCCUCUGCCCGUGGGUGUUUCUGUGUCGUGUAAACCCCGCCUGUGUGUCGCGAUGUUCUGAACGCUGCAUGAGCUGAUAUUAAAUGUGCACUGAGGUACAUCUGGCAA